CCUCCAGCAGAACUGGGUUUUCUCUCCGAGCGCACCGCAUCUCUGGGAAACUGCUUUAAUUAUAAAUCUUAAAAUUCUUCUGAUUUUUCGCGUAGAUUUAUCUUCAGUGUCUUGGUUGACUUGAAGUGUCUGACUGAGCUAGUGUCUGUAAGAGGCCUGUCUGAUCAUUUUUUAAUUCAUUCAUAUUCAUCCUAAAUACUCUGAAGGAUCAGUCGUAUUUUGUGAGGAAAUCGUCCGGACAUUUGCUGAUUCUUUAUUUUUUUACUGGACGGAUUUUACAGGCAUCCUGCCACAUCUUCAUCAGCAUGAAACAGCCGACUGCCAAGACUGAGAUGAGCCGUUUCAACAUCUCUCCUGAGGAAGACAGCAGCAGCUCCAACAGCAACGAGUACACUUACCAAGACUGUCCUAAGAAGGUCCCACUGGGCGGCCAAUACUCUGACAUCGAUGCAGAGAGUCAGAACUUCCUCCCUGAACACAAUCUGGGCAAGAAGAAGUAUGAGACAGAAUAUCACCAGGGCAAUGCCUCCUUUGGCAUGUCCGUCUUCAACCUGGGGAACGCCAUCAUGGGCAGUGGCAUCCUCGGCCUGUCCUACGCUAUGGCCAACACAGGCAUCGCCCUGUUUGUGAUUCUCCUUGUGGCCGUCGCCAUCUUCUCCUUGUAUUCUGUCCACUUGCUACUGAAGACGGCUAACGAAGGAGGUGCGUUGGUGUACGAGCAGCUGGGUUACAAAGCCUUCGGGAUGCCGGGGAAACUGGCCGCGUCCUGCUCCAUCACCAUGCAGAACAUCGGAGCCAUGUCAAGCUACCUCUACAUCGUCAAAUACGAGCUGCCCAUCGUCAUUGAAUCCUUCAUGGGAACCAGCAAUGGAGAAUGGUACACUAACGGUGAUUACCUCGUGCUGAUCGUGACGUUUGUUAUUAUCCUGCCACUGUCACUGCUCAGGAACUUAGGUUACCUUGGUUACACCAGUGGUCUGUCUCUACUCUGCAUGGUGUUCUUUCUGAUUGUGGUGAUCAUCAAGAAGUUCCAGAUCGGCUGCCCUCUCCCUGAGGACCUCACCGCUCUGAACGAAACAAUAAACAAAGUGGUGAACAUCACCCUUCCUCACUUGAACACCAGCGCUGUGGACUACAGUGAGGACGCUUGCACGCCAAAAUACUUUGUCUUCAACUCUCAGACUGUCUACGCCGUUCCCAUCCUCACCUUCGCUUUCGUGUGCCACCCCGCCAUCCUGCCCAUGUAUGAGGAGCUCAAAGACCGUUCCCGCCAAAAGAUGCAGGGUGUCGCUAAUGUGUCCUUCCUGGCCAUGUUCAUCAUGUACCUGCUGGCUGCCCUCUUCGGAUACCUGACCUUCAACGUGCACGUGGAGCCUGAACUGCUGCACACCUACUCCAAGUACUACAAGUCUGAUGUGGUCCUGCUGAUCGUCCGUCUGGCUGUGCUCACCGCUGUCACCCUCACCGUCCCCGUGGUGCUUUUCCCUAUUCGUACCUCCGUCAACCAGCUCCUGUGCGCCUCUAAGGACUUCAGCUGGAUCCGCCACACCAUCAUCACUGUGUGCCUUCUGGCUGGCACCAAUGCCUUGGUCAUCUUUGUCCCCACCAUCAGAGACAUUUUUGGCUUCAUCGGCGCCUCUGCUGCUGCCAUGCUUAUCUUCAUCCUGCCCUCGGCUUUCUACAUCAAACUGGUCAAGAAGGAGUCCAUGAAGUCUGUGCAAAAGAUCGGGGCCACCGCCUUCUUGAUGUGCGGCUUCCUGGUCAUGAUCGGCAGCAUGAGCCUCAUCAUCCUGGACUGGAUUCACAACGCCACAUCCAGCCCGGAGGCACACAGCGACGGACACUAAAGCUCCAUCUCUCCUGCUGCGGCGUACUGAGAAGAGAAGAGGCUCUCAGCGCCGGACUGCUACGACCGCGCAACCAACAAAGAUCAAAAACCUAUUGUAAAAGAAAAACACAAGAACUUACUUGAUGCUCAGCUUUGACUUCCUGAGCGACAAACCAUGCCAUUCCAAGAGAAUGUAUCGAACUUUGUACAGUAUGCUGUUAUAGACCACAAAGAUGGUGUUUUACUUGUUUUUUCUCUUUUUAUUGUAACUUUUUUCAUCGUUGCUCGUUAUUAUUUUUAAUGUUUUUUUUUGUAGUUAUGGUACAGCUUAAAACAAAUAUUUGAAGGUGCCUCAAAUCAGAGAUGACUUAGUCGUAGAGUUCAAAAUGCAGCUUACACUCAGGUACGGUGUUAUGUGUCUGUGAGUGUGGCUGUGACCUCAGAGCUCGGCAACAACAAAUCCUGCUGAGAACUGUACGUGAGUCUCCUGAAGAUUCACAAGAGGCGACAGACUUGAAAGUUCAUCCUCCUCAAAGAUGAUUAAGUUCCUUCCAACAUUUGUUGUUUUUUUUCUUUUUUUUUUCUUUUUUACUUUGCCAAAAAUGUAUUUGUAAAGCAUCUUUGUAUAUUGAAAAGCACUUACUGUUCAGCACACUUGUGGAGAAAAAAACAGACGUCAGUUUUCACAGGCAAGGCCUACCACACCGCCUUUUCAGUAUUCGUACCCAGGCCUUGUGACCUUGCUUAUAGUGUCAGCUUUCCUUGUAAAAUUCAAUAUAAGUCAACAGAACCUGCCUUUUCAAACCCAACACUGGGAGCUGCAGAGUACCUCAUAGGAGGACUCUCUCGAAACUGUAUUUACUCUUUAUAACCUGCUGAAGAUCUUGUUGGAAAAGCGCGUGCAGCGAUGACACUACUGCUUUGACACCUGGAGGCCGCCCAGCCCCCAGUUCCACCUCCCCAUUCAGGGGACGGGAAACUUAAAAUGUUUUUCUUUAUGGGAGAAUACUUUGAAUUUGACCACAUGCAGUGGUUGUAAUAUACCUGUUAAACUUGCAAGAGAAAAAAAUAGAGGUCAGGUGUGCUCUUAAACACCGACAACCAAACAACUUUAAAAAAAAAGCUAAGGAGAGCAUCUGUCACAAUAUUUGAGUGUUUUUGCGCACUGUCGCGCAGUUUUGUGCUUUCAAACUGUUUCACAAUGAAGAACUUGAGCUCUACGCGGACUUAUGCCCUGUUGAGUCGUGAACCUGUCAUCUGACGGUGCACUGUGCUUCCAACACUAACUUAACACAUCACCAUACUGUUAUUGUCCAACAUCUAUUUAUGGAAGACCGUGAAAUCAAUGUAAUUUAAUCUAUUUUACUAUAUUUAUAUAAUAAUGUAUGUAUAUAUAUAUGUAUAUAUAUCUAUUGAGUUCAACUGUAUAUACGCUUUGUUUUGUUUGAACUUUUUUUUUCUACAAUAAUGCAUUGGAGUUGUAAAACAAAAGCGAAAAACCCCAAGCUGGUGAAUUUGUGAUAUUGAAUUAGCUCCGAUAGACUGGAGCUUAAACUGUUCAUCUCUGUUAAGACUGACUGAAUUAUCCUACUGUGUUGAUUCUGUGAAAACUGUGUUACAUGUGGAAGCCACUGAUACAGCGGCAACAAAAUUGUUUCCUUUUUGGCCCCUGAACACGAACCCGGAUCAGCAAAAUGUUCUUUACGCACAUCUUUGUUCGGAGAGUACGUCAGCCAUCUCGACCUCAGGAGCAAAGAGGGCUUUGCCCACCAGUGUUACACUCUUGUUUCAAUGAAACACUAUGUAUAUCCUGUAAAUGAUGUCCAAAUAAAAUCAAAGAUAAUCUAUAA